UCGGAUAAAGUUACUAUCUAGGAAAGUACAUGUUUGUGGCGGUGCCUUUUUUCUCCCUUCUCAUGACGUCAUCAUUUUCCAAGUAGAGGGUUCUUUAUCUAGUGGUUCUUUUACGCGUAUGCACAAAACACUUUUUGUGAAAGGUAAACUGACAAAUGUCAAUUCUUUAAAUGAUUUGCAGUGUGCAGAAAGAGUAACGAAAGCAGGAAAUGAAGGAAAAUUCUACGACCCGAGCCGGGAGGAUAUUGGAAGACUUGCAUAGAAUGAAGCAAGCUUCUGUUUGCAGAUUGCUAACAAACAAUAUCUUUUUUGAUCAUAAUCAAAUGUAAACAAGCAGAAUUAUAUAUGAAUUAAACAUAAUCGCUCAUUGCAACUCCAUACCAUAUCCCACAUUCCAAGCUCUGCCAUCAACUUUGAAAUGACCCGCAGUGCUUUUCGUAUCCCGGCUUUAGUGACAAGCUUUGUCGCGGUCGUAUUGCUCGUAUUGACCACCGUCAGCACACCCACGACAUAUCACAAAAGUACCCCUUUUGAUGUUGUUCGCGCUCAUAGCUUGAAUGGAGCUGUCGACUUGACUUCAGACAAUCAAAGUGGUUUGGAUCGAGCUCGGUUUGGAUUAUGGGGCUACUGUACGGAAGCAUUGAAUUCUGAUCGAUUCAGUGAAUGUACAAGACCAUUGAACUACAUGUACACCGCCGAAUUUUCUACAGGCAAGGCUGGUAAAAAUGACUCUUCAAAGACGGCAAGCGUCAAGUCUAGCUAUACACGGGGCUUACUUACGGCAGCAGUUGCUUUAAUUGCCUCCGUAAUUGCAUUUGCUUUAUCGUUUGCUCCGUCAUUGAUUGUGGAAUUGGUUGCUUCAGUCGUCUAUUUGAUCGCAACAUUAAUCACUUUGGCAGCUUUUAUCGUUCAGGUUGUUUUUUAUGUCUACAUUCGCCAUCAACUACACGAGGUAGCAACAGGUUCAGUCGUUUAUCCGGGGCCAGCAUUUUAUUUCACCUUGAUUUCAAUUCCUCUCUUGUUCUUUUCGGCUUUGACAGUCUGUUGUGGAUAUCGAAAAGGACGCAAGGAUCAAAGUUUGGACAGCGUCAACAACAAAGCUGCCGUAGAAGUAUAGACAGCGUGUAAUUUACUGAAACGAUCUCCCACCCGCUCAACAACCGAACUUUUUAUCAAUUUCCCCUAUACCAGCUCUCAUUCCUAGAUAGUCCGUGUAUCAUGAUUUUAAGAUACCAAUCUCACUGUCAUGUGAUUAUCGAAUGUUUAAAGGUUUUAUCAUGCCAUGAUUGAAAAGGUCUUCUGUUUGUGCUUUCGUUCAUAUCCGGCAAACUUUUUUGUUGGGUCCCGCAAAAUGAUUUCUUUCAUCAUGCUAAU